GAAAGGACACUAGUUUUUAAAUUGUAAAACAAGUGUCGUCUCAAAAGCUGUACAGUAUACUGUUAGUCUGUUAUCUCAUAUCCUAGUGUUUUGUAACAGAGACAGAUUCUUGAAUGAAAUAAGAUUUCAUGGUAGUUAAUAACAUGAGUUUCCAAGAUUUUGAAAUCUCUGAUUGAAAAGAAAUCCUCAACUUUUGUUAGAUUUUGGGGUUGAUAAUCUGCCACUUGGCAACAUAUGGCCAAUCAAUUUACUUUGUAAUUUGUACGCCGUUGAGUGUGUUGGACUUACAUAUUUUUACAUUGUUAAACAACUUUAAACGAAGAAUUCAUUCAACAGUUUCACUCUAUCGUACGUGGUAUUAAACAGUUAAAAAGAAGCAUAGGAAGACUCAUUUGACUUGUGGUCACUGGUCAGAAAGAAAAAUCCCCAUUUUGAGUCCAAGUGCAAAAAUGGCUGCUCAAUGCGUUGCUUUGCACUAUUUCACCUGCAAACCAUGUGUUAGCAAAUCGUUGCACCCAUCUGGAACAACCCACUUCGCCUCUCAUCAAGAAACUCCAUUUCCAAUCAAUUCUGAUGCACCGAAGAUUUCAAAGCCCAGGUUAAAUAAGUUUGUUUGUGCUGUAGUUUCAGAAGAAAAAGUGGUGGAAUCUAAUGAUUCAGAGACUGAUGUUUUCAAACUCACUUACUUGGAGGGAAAUAGUUGGAUAUGGGAGGUGGGAGGUACAAAAAUAUUGGUUGACCCAAUCUUGGUGGGGAACUUGGAUUUUGGAAUCCCUUGGUUAUAUGAUGGUGCCAAGAAAUUUAUCAAGGAUUUCAAGCUCGACGAUCUUCCUGAAAUCGAUUGCUUACUGAUCACACAAAGUCUUGAUGAUCAUUGUCAUAUGAAAACUCUCAAGCCCCUCUCUCAGAAGCUGCCAAAUCUCACAGUUAUUUCAACUCCCAAUGCUAAACAACUCUUGGAUCCUCUAUUCACCAAUGUGACAUAUCUAGAGCCCGGUGAGGGCUCGGAGAUCCAAGGGAAGGACGGCUCUUCAGUGAAAGUCCGUGCUACAGCAGGCCCCGUUUUAGGCCCUCCGUGGCAGCGGCCUGAGAAUGGCUACCUUGUGACCUCUCCCAACGGCAAGGCAACGUUGUAUUAUGAACCACACUGCGUCUACAAGGAGGAAUCAGUGGAGAAGCUAAGGGCUGACAUAGUCAUUACACCUGUUAUAAAGCAGCUUCUGCCAAAUUUCUUGUUGGUUUCUGGUCAGGAAGAUGCAGUUCGCCUCGCAAAGUUGCUGCAGGCAAAGUUUAUCGUCCCAAUGAGAAACGGCGAACUUGACAACAAAGGGGUUCUUGCUAGUAUCAUCAAGGCUGAAGGGACUAUGGAGUCAUUCAAGGAGCUUUUGCUGAAAGAGCUACCACAUGUAAAUGUACAAGAGCCUAAACCUGGAGUACCACUGGAAAUUUGAUGAGCAGUUCAAAAUGCAAGAGCUCUUAAAUGUUGUGGUUGAUGAUGCAAACUCUUAUAUACAACCUAUUAAUUUUACGCCUUUAUUGUUGUAUCGAAUAGAUUCAGUAGACUCUUACAGCAUCUUGAUUUAACUAUUUUGGACAA